GAAAGCUGAACCGGCACCUGGAGAAAUUGGAGGCGCCCACGGAAGAGGUCGACCUCGGAAACUUUGAGACAAUCGAGUCGCUCCUGGGCAAUCAAAUGGAAGAGAUAUACAUGCAGUUACAGCUGCAUUAUGCCACAGCCAUCCGUUUGUUGGCUCACCGUGAUACCACUGCGCGCAAGUACCAGGAGGAAAAUGAGAACCUCAGAUCUCAAGUGGAAGCCUUGAAGACCCGAGAUCCACGAGAGAGAGAUCUGAAGAAUAUGAAGCUCAUGAACACGCAGAUCAAGCUCUACAAGGACAAAUACCUAGAUCGUGACCGGGUGGCCCGGGCGAUCGAGCUGGAGAACUUCGAGUUGCGGGAACAACUCAGCGCCAUGCAGCAGGUUGGCAAUGCCUAUGCCCUUACUGGCGGGCAGGUGUCGCCCAGCAACCCGACCCACGUGCUGUUUCCACCCGACGUGACGAGUCCUACGAGCCCCACUGGGAAGCCGGAGAUGUUGUAUGGCGGCAGCCCCAACCACGCGCCAACGACCACUCCACUGGACAGGCUGGAGAGGGCGCAGCUGAAGUUAGAGAGCUGGGCGUCGAAUCACCGGAAGCGAGACCUCACAGGUUUGGUGGACGUGAGCGAGUUACCCAACAUGGAGCUGCCGGGGGAGAUUGCCACACGAGGAUCCUAUGGGCCCCAACCCAAAGACCGAGAUGAAGAAGUUCCAGAGGAACCAGAGAAGCCCGAAGAACAGGAUGAGGAUGAGGAAGUCUUCUACAUCCGAAAUGCCAUGGGACGAGUUGAAGAUGAAGAGACCUCUGGGCCCAUCUAUUACAUCAAGCGCAUCAGGGACAUGUUCAAAAGUUGGUUCUUCCAAGGGGAUCGAGAUAUGCAAGAUACCUACUGGAGCUCCGGCAUUUGUCAAUACAUUGCCCGUAGCUCCACCUUCGAACACGCGACCAUGGCCAUGAUCGCGGCCAAUGCGGUGUGGCUGGGCAUCGACGUGACCUACAACACCGAGAUUCUCUUGAUCAACUCCGCACCGGUCUUCAUCAUCAUGGAGAACAUUUUUUGCAGCUACUUCUUCUGCGAGAUCGCGGUCCGUUUCGGAGCCUUCCGGAAGAAGUGUAACGUCUUCCGGGACUUCUGGUUCGUCUUUGAUUUCGCAUUGGUGUUGGCCAUGGUUGUAGACACCUGGGCGCUGCUGAUUAUCAUGGCAGCCUUAGACACCAACGUUUACGUCAUCAACUCAUCCUUCCUCCGCAUGCUGCGCAUCAUCCGCAUCUCGCGGCUGGCGCGCGUGGCGCGCAUCAUGCGCUCGGUGCCUGAAGUCAUGAUCCUAUUUCAGGGCAUGGGUGUGGCCUCUCGCUCGGUGAUUUGUGCCCUCUCUCUGCUGGUCACCUUGGUCUACGUCUUUUCUUUAGCAUUCACCCAGCUCUUGAGGGAUACUCCAGCUGGCGAUUUCUACUUCCCGAGUCUGACUCAUGGCAUGUUCGCGCUCUUCUUCCAUGGCUGUCUUGGGGAGCAGUUGCCGGACAUGGCCAGUGGCAUUUUUGACGAAGGCAUAGAUGUGGGCAUUUGUCUCAUGAUUUUCAUCUUCUUGGGACCUUUCACUGUCAUGAACAUGAUCGUGGCUGUGCUGGUGCAUGUCGUCAGUUCAGUGGCGACCCUGCAACAGAUCAACCAACAGAACGGUAUUAUCCGAGAAAGGGUGUUCCAAGUCUUGAAGGAAUUGGACACGGACAACGAUGACGUCAUUAGCCAAGAUGAGUUCAGGACCAUCCUGGAUCAGAAAGAGGCGCUACACACCUUCCUUGGGGUUGGAGUCGAUGUGAUUGCCAUCAUCAAAGAUCCGGACAUCGUCUUCGGAGGUGAGCACUCUUUGCCCAUCGAUGAGGUCAUGGACGAAGUCAUCGCCUUGCGUGGGAGCAACUUCACCACGGUGAAGGACUUGGUUCAGUUGAAGAACCAGCUGGUCCGUGAACUUCGCCGAGUGAACAGCCAGCGACGGUUUUUAACGACCCGUUGAGUCGUUAAAAAAUCGCCGGGCUGGUCCUGGUUGUGAUGUAUUUCACUUGGUGCUGAUGGCCGAUGCAGCCAUUUGUUGCGCGGCGCUAGUGCCAUGCUCAGAAUAGCACAGAAGAGCAGUACUUUGACCAAGUGAUA